CCUCUACAGCAGAUCGUAGUUUGGCAGAGUUUCAAAAACACUGAUACCCUCUGUAAGUGUGUCAGUGUGUGUGUGUGUGUGUGUGUGCACGCAUGUCCUUGUGAGGGUGAAGAGAGGCAGCACAGCUCGACAUGAAUCACCUACUGAAAGUUCCAGUUCUGGCCGGCCGAGCCUUCAGCAGCUCCGCCAGACAGCUGAGGAACAAGGUCCCCGAAGCCCAGAAAAUCUUCCAGGAGGACAACGGGCUGCCGGUCCACAUCAAGGGAGGAACCGGCGAUGUCCUGCUCUACCGGGCAACCAUGACACUAACCAUCGUAGGAACCUGUUACUCUCUGUACUGGCUGUUCACCGCCUCAUUCCCUCAGAAGAAGAAGUAGAGGAAUGUCAGGCUCGGUCUAAUGCCUGGAGAGCGACACUUGGCUCAGUCUAACAUUCAUAUUUGUUGUGUGUACAUUUGCUUGGUUUGAUCUCCAUCUAUCUUUAAUCUUGACUCAAGAUGAAAUAAAAAAAAAGUAAGAAAAAAAUCAUA